AGGGCGGGUCACGUGGGCGCGGCGUCCCUCAUCCCCGUUCCGGCGGCGCCCGUUGUGAGGCGGCCGCGGCGGUGAGCGGGGGAUGGGGCUGAGGCUGAGGCGAUACGGGGGGACGGGAGGAGGCGGAGAGGCCCCGGGGCUAGAGGCAGAGAGCUCCUGCAAACGGGUCCCUGAGGUGGGCCGGGGUGGGGGAACGGCCCCCGAGGCAUUCCCCGGCUGUGCGGGGCGCGGCAGGCAGCGGGGGCGAGGUGAAGCCCCGGAGAAGAGAGCUGGGUGCUCGGAGAGGCCUGGGGGCGCAGGGGAUGCGGUCUCUCACCUUCACGAUUAACACACAGGGCACAUAAACCUGCUGCAAUUAUUCACCCUGUGACUGCUAACGACCGUUUAGCAAGGCAGAGGACCUCCAGGACAGAAAGAAGGUGUAAAUUACUAACUAAGGCUGUCAUAAUUUAUACGUGACGCGCAGUGUCCUUAAAUUGGCGAUUCUUAGGCUAACAGCUCAGUAGCCGCGACGUUUCUGCACCUCGGUCACUAACGUUUCAAGGAAAGAGAAGAGACCCGGAGCGCCCGGCGGGACCCGGGCGGCUGCAGGUGGCUCGGCUCAGCACGCUGCUCCUGCCCGGCUGACACGGCCGGCAGAGAAUAUAUGCAAGUUUCAAUCCCAGGAUGGCUCAGAAGAGGAACUCAAGUGGGCGGUCGUUCCCACUACUGCUGCUGAUGAUUGUUGUGGCCUUUGUUCAUUUAACUGUCUGUCCAUUUACAAAAGUGGAGGAAAGCUUUAACCUACAGGCCAUCCACGAUGUUGUGUACCACCAGCUGGACUUGGAUAAGUAUGACCAUCAUGAAUUUCCUGGAGUUGUCCCAAGAACGUUUCUUGGACCAAUUUUUAUCGCUGCUCUUUCCAGCCCAGCUAUAUACGUACUUUCUCUGUUAAAGAUGUCCAAGUUUUACUCCCAGCUGAUAGUCCGAGGAAGCUUGGGGCUCAGCGUGAUUUACACGUUAUGGAAGUUGCAGAAAGAAGUUAGAAAGCAGUUUGGAGCAACUACAUCAACAGUCUUCUGUCUCAUAACUGUUACUCAGUUUCAUUUGAUGUUUUACUGUACACGAACCCUUCCUAAUGUGUUUGCACUUCCUUUUGUGCUGUUGGCAUUGACAUAUUGGAUACAGCAAAAGCAGAGGCCAUUUGUUUGGUUCUCAGCUUUGGCAAUUAUAAUCUUCAGAUCAGAGCUUGCCAUAUUCUUAGGCCUCAUGCUUCUGGUGACAUUAUUAACUAAAAGAGUCUCCGUUUUAAAGGUGCUUUCCCAUGCUGUUCCUGCUGGAAUUUUUUGUUUGGGGCUAACAGUGGCUGUGGAUUCUCUAUUCUGGAGACAACUUGUAUGGCCUGAAGGGAAAGUGCUCUGGUAUAAUACAGUUUUAAACAAAAGUUCCAAUUGGGGAACCUCCCCCUUCUUGUGGUAUUUCUAUUCAGCCCUGCCUCGUGCUUUGGGAUGCAGCAUUAUAUUUGUACCUUUAGGUGCAGCAGAAAAGAGAACUCGGAUAUUACUUUUGCCAGCACUGGGCUUUAUUUUCUUGUAUUCAUUUCUCCCACACAAAGAGUUGCGUUUUAUCAUGUAUACUUUCCCCGUCUUCAACAUAGUGGCUGCUAAAGUAUGCUCACGAAUCCUGAAUAACUACCGGAAGUCCUGGCUGUACAAACUUGGAUCUUUUUUUGUUAUAAUGCAUCUUGUAGUUAAUGCUGCUUAUUCAGGAACAUCAUUAUAUGUUUCACAUUUCAAUUAUCCUGGAGGAGUAGCAAUUCAGAAGCUGCAUGAGUUGGUACCUUCAACAGCAGAGGUCUCCGUUCAUAUUGAUGUGGCUGCAGCACAAACAGGAGUCUCUCGGUUUCUAGAAAUCAAUUCAGAUUGGAGGUAUGACAAAAGAGAAGAUGUUAAACCAGGAGACCAACUGAUGUUUUCUUACACACACAUACUGAUGGAAACAAACCCUCUUCAAAUAUCACAUUACAAGACAACCCACAGACCACUGGCGAAUAUACCUGGCAUCAGUAAAAUUGGGUUGAAUCUUACUGCACUACCUCCUUUUACUUUAAACUUAAAGCCAAAAUUAGUACUGUUGGAAAAACUUCCUCUAUCAUCCUGACUGUGAGUUUUAAGUCUUUUGAUGUAACUUUGCUGAUGACUGAAUAAUGUAUGACAACAGAAAAUUGUCAUUCCAGCACUGCAAUUCAGCUUCUCUCAAAAGGUACAGAAGAUCUUUGUACUUAUCGGUAUUUAGCUCCGUCCUCUUUCUUACAUGAAUAGUACAAUGCAUUCCUAGUCCAUAUAUACUCAAAUACCAAGUUAAAUAUUAUUAGGUGUGUUUGAGAGAGGCUACCUCCAAGUUUAGUGCUAUUAUAUAAAACUUGUCUACUUGGUUUGGGUAGCUGUCUGUUUCAUAAUGCAGCACAGGUAUGUCCUAAUUGUCCUAUAUAAGAUACAUUAUGGAACAGGAUUGUGCUAUGGCAAUAAUUUGAUAUGUAAUCUACAUGUGCAAAGAUGCAUUACUUGAUAUAUCUGCUGGACUGUAACCCCCUUAGUUGUCAGAUUGCCUGUGUGAAACUUGAAUGAUGUUAUCAGCAUAGGAAAGCCAUAUUCAUUGUAGCUUCAUCACGGUACCUAAUUGUGCCCUGUGGGCUACCAAACUAAUUAAAGUGAAAGGUUCACCUAAAAAGCAGUUGGACCUCUUGGCAAGCACUGUCUUGUAACAGACCUGAGCAUUAAAGGAUGGUUAUAUUUAUUCCAAUAGUUCAUAAAUAAGCAGUACAACUUGGAUUUCACAGGAAACUUUUUUAAAUAGUAUUUUCCCUCUGCUGCAGUAUCUUAAUUUGCAGUACAAAAGUUUACCUAUGAAAAUAUGUAAUCAAAUACACUUGAAGAUGAUAGGUGUUGUUUUGUUUCUUUAUUAAAUAGCUCUUUUGGAAUUAAAAUGCUGUAACUUAGCAUGUUCUGUAAUCUCUUCUUUAUUAGAUGUCUUUGUUAGGGAUGUCUGCCUAGAUUGCAGAAUAGAAGAAAUUAAGGGGUAAACUAAGGAAGAAAACUUAACAUUUCAGUUAGGACCAGUUAUAAUAUGACAGGGACUCCACUAGUGUAAAAAAUUCAGUAUUUGUGAAAUAAGCAUGGGCAGAAAGCUAUUUGUUACUGACUGAGAACUCAAGAGUAAAAAAUUCUUAUUGAAUAACUUUUUUUCCACUCUUCAAGCAUAUUUCAUUCAGGAACUACAUUUACCUGCAUUAUGCUUCAGUUUUUAGGACCAUGUUUUCUUUUUAUCCUCUAGAUUAUGUAUCAAGGAACUGAUCUGGUGGGGUGGAGCCUGCUCCACUGUGGGUGGCUGUUGUGCAGGCUUCCUCACACUGAGAUCUGGCAAAGGCGACCUGCAGAACUUGUUAGUCCAGUCCCUGGCUCCUCUUGAAAUUGAAAUCGUUGAAGUAUUAUCUAUUUGACUUGUCUUUGGAAGAAAACUCAGCUUCCUUCAGAGCCAAUUUGGACAUCAAAUAAUUCACAUGGUACAGAAGGAAGUAAAUGUGCAAAUAGCUGAGAACUUGGAAUGCUAUGAAGGAAAACUUUUGAGUAAGGAUGUAAGUCCUUAUAUGUUAAGCCUAAUCAUUUACUUUAUAUAACUCCCCCACAGCGUAAGCUGUAACUCGAGAACCUGAAGUGAAAUCUAUCGUGCCCAAUGUGUAGACAAAUAUCUGGCGGUGGUAGCAGUAUGUACUACUGCUUGCAGCCUUGGUGCUGCUGAAGGUAGCAGCUAUGAGCUCAAAUGGGCCUGUUUAGUGUGUGUGUAUAUAUAUAUGACUUAUCUGUUGGGGGGAGAGAAAGGAAAAUAAAAGUGCAUAUGUAAAGGCAGAAAAGAGAUACUGAAGUGCAGUUUUGGACAGUCUCUAAGGUUUAUUUAGGUCCUGUUACAUCUUGAGCUAUAUAUGUGGUUCUUGGAAAGCGCUUAGUUCUUCGCUCUGAAACCUGCCUGGGAUUGUAGAUCAUGACCCAUGCAGCACUGUAGCACCAGUGGCUGUAUAACUGACGUGACAGUGGGUACAUGUAACCCCCUACAACCUAGGCUGGGAGUGUUACUGUAGCCCACACCCAGAAUAAGAAAGGGGCACCUGCCAAACUUCAGCAAAGAUUACUGCAGUUUUUCCUCAAAGGCUGCUUUCAACAAAAAAAAAGUCCUUGGAAGAGAAAAUAAAACCAUCUCCCCUGUCUUUUAAAUGAAUGCUCUCAUCUGUAUGUCUUGUUGCCUUUCUUUAAAGCGAGUAGCUUCCCUAACUGACAAUUUUUCUCUUUUAAUAUAGAUUGUCAGGAUAUUUGCAUGGAAGAAAGCAUGGGUUUAAGCCCCCUCAGAUAUAACAGGGCAUUAAGGAAGGUAAACACCAAGUUUGCUUUUAGGGGCUAGGGUUGGAAGAAGCCUUGAGUUACUACAGGUGUGGUACAGGAAAGAGACAUGCUCUGAAACCUUAGUUGGAACUUACAAAGGGACUUCAACAUAAUAAAUUUCUCAUUACCAUUCAAAAAACUCCCUUUUUCUUUAUUGAGUCUUGGCUUAGAUUAUAGCUUUUCUUUAAUAAUAAAAGAUGGAAUGAAAUAAGCAUAUUCAAAUAAUUAAAGGUUGAAAUAACCUAAACAAAGCAAAAAAAAAUAGUAUGGUCCAUGUGUAAGUUAUGUUGUGACUAUGAUGGUUAAACACAGAAUGGAGUUGUAAAUAAAAUGCAUUAAACAUAUAUAAUGCUGCUGGAGAACAAGAUUUUAGCAUGUCUUAUGAAAUUCCCUGAAGGUCAUCAAAUGUUGUGUAACAUCACAUUUGAAGCUUGACUUAAAUUCUUACAAGCAACAUUUGUUCCAUUAAGUAGCAAGGCUAACAAAUGAUUUGGGCACAGAUGUCACAAUGUUGUGUCACCAGGAGCAGCCCAGAGAUGGUGGAUAAUCACUGUCUUGUAGCAUGAGGUUUAGGAGAGCCUGUGUAAAACUAAAAGUAGUUGCAUAUUGCGUGCAAAAAGUUGCAGGACUUGCUGGUAGAAGAUAUUUGGAUGAUGAAAGUAAAAGCAAGUUCAAAACAGGAUUAAACAGCUCACUCUUCCAUUACAAACUAAAAAGGAUCAAGGAAUAACUUCCAGUUCACAGAUUCUCUUGAAGUAUUUACAGCUGGGGAAAAAUACAGGCUGUGUUUACCUUAUACCUGUCCUAUGUACCUGUUGUGGGUCUCAAGAGAGAAUGCAGGGGUGAGGAGAGCCGGAGAAUGGUUGUCCUGGAUCAGACAUAAAAUAUAUUUCUCUGUUAACACCGAGAACGGUUGGAACCUGACUCAAGAUCUUUCCUUUACUAUCCAUGUCAUUCAAGCCACCAGAAUACAACAUCAGUGCAACACAGGUGCAUAAUGUGUUUGGAAACAAACAUUAUGCUCCUUUUUCUACUUCACCCAUGGUCCUGUCACACAUCCCCUUGGUGAGACAGAUUACAUGUUUGGAUGAACAAGAUGGAGAAUGUGCUAUAGUUAACUGCUCUAGGACUAUACCACUAUUCCUAAGCACUUCUACUUCUUUCUGUAAUGCUAAGGAGCCUGAAAGCUGAUAAUAAAGUUUAUGGACUCCUUUA